GCGGCCUCGGCGCUCAGUAAUGGCAGCGCGGUGAGCGGGGACGCGAGCUGACAGCCGCCGCCGCCGCCCACCUUCCUCGCCGGGGCUCGUCCUUCGCUCCUUCGGGUGCCUCCCCUCCCCUUGCCCCUGCCCCUUGUCCUGCUUCUGCGGAAGUACUGUCCAUUGAACCCAGAGCCUUCACAUCAUCAGCUACAUCCCGAGCCCUUUUUUAAUUUUGAGACAGGGUCUCACUAAGUUACCUAAGGCCAUGUAGCCCAGACUGACCUCAAACUUGUGGCAUUCCUCCUGCCUCGGUUCCCCAAGUUCUAGGACUUCAGAUUUCAACACUAAACUUGCACAAUGUCUUUGAAACCAAGAGUAGUAGAUUUUGAUGAAACAUGGAACAAACUCUUGACUACAAUCAAGGCAGUUGUCAUGUUGGAAUAUGUCGAGAGAACAACAUGGAAUGAUCGCUUCUCAGAUAUCUAUGCUUUAUGUGUGGCCUAUCCUGAACCACUUGGAGAAAGACUUUACACAGAAACUAAGAGUUUUUUGGAAAAUCACGUUCGGCAUUUGCAUAAGAAAGUUCUAGAGUCUGAAGAACAAGUACUUGUUAUGUAUCAUAGGUAUUGGGAAGAAUAUAGCAAGGGUGCAGAUUAUAUGGACUGCUUAUAUAGGUAUCUUAACACCCAGUAUAUUAAAAAGAAUAAAUUGACUGAAGCUGACCUUCAGUAUGGCUAUGGUGGGGUAGAUAUGAAUGAGCCACUCAUGGAGAUAGGAGAGUUAGCAUUGGAUAUGUGGAGAAAGUUGAUGGUUGAGCCGCUGCAGUCCAUCCUUAUCCGAAUGCUGCUCCGAGAAGUCAAAAAUGAUCGUGGUGGAGAAGACCCAAACCAGAAAGUAAUCCAUGGGGUUAUUAACUCCUUUGUUCAUGUUGAACAGUAUAAGAAGAAAUUUCCUUUAAAGUUUUAUCAAGAAAUCUUUGAGUCUCCUUUUCUGACUGAAACAGGAGAGUAUUACAAACAAGAAGCUUCAAAUUUAUUACAGGAAUCAAAUUGCUCACAGUAUAUGGAAAAGGUUUUAGGUAGAUUAAAAGAUGAAGAAAUUCGAUGUCGAAAAUACUUACAUCCAAGUUCGUAUAGUAAAGUAAGUCAUGAAUGUCAGCAGCGAAUGGUAGCAGACCACUUACAGUUCUUACAUGCAGAAUGUCAUAAUAUUAUUCGACAAGAGAAAAAGAAUGACAUGGCAAAUAUGUAUGUUUUACUCCGUGCUGUGUCGACUGGGUUACUUCAUAUGAUUCAGGAGCUACAAAAUCAUAUCCACGAUGAGGGCCUUAGAGCAACCAGCAGUCUGACUCAGGAAAAUAUGCCAACACUAUUUGUGGAGUCAGUUUUGGAAGUGCAUGGCAAAUUUGUUCAGCUUAUCAACACUGUUUUAAAUGGUGAUCAGCACUUUAUGAGUGCAUUGGAUAAGGCCCUUACAUUAGUGGUAAAUUACAGAGAACCCAAGUCUGUUUGCAAAGCACCUGAACUGCUUGCUAAGUACUGUGACAACUUACUGAAGAAGUCAGCCAAAGGGAUGACUGAGAAUGAAGUAGAAGACAAGCUGACGAGCUUUAUUACUGUUUUCAAGUACAUCGAUGAUAAGGAUGUUUUUCAAAAGUUCUACGCAAGGAUGUUGGCAAAACGCUUAAUUCAUGGAUUAUCUAUGUCUAUGGAUUCUGAAGAAGCUAUGAUCAACAAACUAAAGCAAGCCUGUGGUUAUGAGUUUACUAGCAAGCUACAUCGAAUGUAUACGGAUAUGAGUGUCAGCGCCGAUCUGAACAAUAAGUUUAACAAUUUUAUCAGAAACCAAGACACAGUAAUAGAUUUGGGAAUUAGUUUUCAAAUAUAUGUUCUACAGGCUGGUGCAUGGCCUCUCACUCAGGCCCCUUCAUCUACAUUCGCCAUUCCCCAGGAAUUAGAAAAAAGUGUACAGAUGUUUGAAUUAUUUUAUAGCCAGCAUUUUAGUGGGCGGAAGCUGACAUGGUUACAUUAUCUUUGUACAGGUGAAGUUAAAAUGAACUAUCUGGGCAAACCGUACGUAGCCAUGGUCACGACAUACCAAAUGGCGGUUCUUCUUGCUUUUAACAACAGUGAAACAGUCAGCUAUAAGGAGCUUCAAGACAGUACUCAGAUGAAUGAAAAGGAACUGACAAAAACAAUCAAAUCAUUGCUUGAUGUGAAAAUGAUUAACCAUGACUCAGAAAAAGAAGACAUUGAUGUAGAAUCUUCAUUUUCAUUAAAUAUGAACUUCAGCAGUAAAAGAACAAAAUUUAAAAUUACCACAUCAAUGCAAAAAGAUACACCACAGGAAAUGGAGCAGACUAGAAGUGCUGUAGACGAGGACCGGAAAAUGUAUCUCCAAGCUGCUAUCGUUCGUAUCAUGAAAGCACGAAAAUUGCUUCGACACAACGCCCUCAUUCAGGAGGUGAUCAGCCAGUCGAGAGCCAGGUUUAACCCCAGCAUCAGCAUGAUUAAAAAGUGCAUCGAGGUCCUAAUAGACAAGCAGUACAUCGAACGCAGCCAGGCAUCGGCGGACGAGUACAGCUAUGUUGCGUGACGUCGCCACUGCGAGCGGUGCAGAUCAGACCCUUGCGGCUGGAGACCAGGCCGCGGCAGCUGGCGUGCUCCUGUGGAAGACCCAGGCCCAGGCCUCCGUAAUGUGGUCAUUUGGCAGCCCCUGUUUUUCUGCUGUUUACAAUGUCACCAGUGCCACGUCAUGAGCGUCAAAGAAAAUGCCUAGAGAUAUUUCAAGCUCAUGUCAUCAUGACAUUUCUUAAACUUUCUCAGAGUGAGUGAAGUGUUGCUGGAAUCUGGAAAUUCGGUUGAGUACCAUGCUUUUCUCCCCUUCCUGUUUGCAGUUAAUGUGGUUUUUUUUUUAAAUGUAUCUUAAAGGACAUAAAAACUUAAAAUAUUGUAAUAUGACAGAUAACCUAAUAAUUGUAUCUACAUCAAAAUGACAAACAUGAUAUUGCUGCUUGUCAAAUAAAAAAAAAUAAAGAAAUAGAAUGCC